CCUUGGGACGCCUACUACGGGAGAUAGCUCCGAGACCCUGCCUAUGGAAGCUACUACGGUUUUGAAAAACAAAUGAAUCUGAUCAUCAAUUGUGAAUUCGCAACUGUGGGAACUGCAGGGUCUUUAUAUCUAGCUCUCUGGCCGCCUAGUUGUCAAAUCCCUGCCGCUUAUUUCCCCUCACCUAUUGCUAUGACCCGUGGUCGCAAGAAAGAUCUUACUAUCCCUCCCACUCGCGCGUUGACUCAGCAGCGAGACUACCGCGCUCGUCGUGCUCAGUAUGUCAAUGACCUCGAAGAAAAGUGUCGAGCGCUCGAGAUAGAGAACUCUGACCUUCGGCAAGAGGUGCGGUCCCUGCGCGUCAAACUACCUUCUGCGACCGUGCAUAAUCCUCAGAUGGUGCAAGCCUCCGCUCAGUUGAUGCAGGACUUGUCCACCGCAUCGCAGACGCUGGCACGGUUUCAACAUGUAGUUUUCUCCGAGGUUAACACUUUCCCGCCACCCAUGCCGAUAUCACGUCCGGAAAGCGGGAGCAUGCCCUCACCCGUUUCUCUUGCUGCCUCUCCAAGCACUCCACACGCCACCGUCGACAAGAACGAUGCAUUUUCUCGGUCGUACCAAAACAUACCGAGGUUUCCUCGCGAUAUCCUGUGCGAUCGAGACCGCGAUAACACCAGUGCAGACUCUGGUGGCCGUUUGUAUGACAAUGAGUCUGAUGGUUCUCAUUCAGACGAAGAGCAUACGACACACAGGGACAGCUCGUCUCGGUCGUAUUCAUAUACGAAUUCUCCUCACCCGUUACCUUAUCGUUCAACAGCAUAAUACUUUCGGCACAUCUGGAUGGGACGAUUUAUUCACUUACUGUAUUAUAACCGAUUGUAAAGUAGAUUGACUGGAUGCCUAGCAUUAAUGUUUCAG